GAAUUGCAAAACUGAAAUGGCGGCUCAAAUUUCCCUCCCUUUUCAAAACUCUCCAAUCGUGUGAAAAAUGUUCAACUCACAUUUCAUCUUUCCCUCUUCGCAGACCCAAAAAUCAAAACCCUAAUUACCAGAAUUCACCAAAUCUCCACUCUCUUCCCUCCAUCUACCUUCUCAAUUUCAAUUUCCCUUUCAAAAAUUUCCCAAUUUUCACCUACUUUUUCAAAACCCUAAUCUCAAGAACCUUCCCCAUUUUCCAAUUUUUCACUGCUCGUCUCACUCUGUCUUCAAAGCUCUCUUUCAACAUUUCUGUGGAUUGCUGUUUCACAAAAAAACGCAGUGAGGUUCCCCAAUUCACACCUUAAAGGCUUCAAAACCCUAAUUUUAGCAAUUUACACUUUCAAUUUCUCUACAGGAUAACCUUCGAGAAAGUUCUCUCUCGAAGCCCCCUCUUUCUCUUCAAAUACUCUGUUUCUCAACGUUUCAAUGGAUACUCAGUUGAUAAAAAGCCUGGAAACUCACUCUCCACCUUCAGAGUCAGUUAAUUUACACCAAAACCUAGGUGGGUGUUCUUCGCCCAAGUCAUCUAAACAACAAGGCCGCGAUGAUCUGGGUCACUUAUCCCAAUUCCCUUUACAAACAAACCUCGAAAAAUCGGAGGAAUUUGAUUAUAUAAGAGCCGAGGAAAGUCCAGAUGGUAAUUAUUCUGAUUCACCUUUCUUGAUUUGUAAUGAGACCAAAGAAGAAGAAGUGGAAGAGGAGGAAAAUGACCCUUUGAUUUCAUCUCCUAUCAGUACAUUUCAGACCUCACAUUGGGCUGAACCAUGGGGUUGGGGUAGAGAUAUUAAACCUAUAGAGUCUUCUCAUUCGUCUGUGCCUGUGGAUUCUAAGCCUCAGGCUUUGGAUUGGUCUGAAUGCCCAUCUUCGGGUUCUAAUGGUGAAACUGAAAACAAGCCCUCUGUUCCAGUUUGUUCUUCGGUUUUGCCAAGUGAAGAUAAGCCUUCGUUGGUGGGUGCAGGGCUUGCGAAUCUCGGAAACACAUGCUUUCUUAAUGCAGUAUUGCAAUGCUUUACACAUACUGUGCCACUUGUUCAGGGUCUCAAUUCAUGCAGUCAUGCAAUGCCUUGUGAACGUAAUAAUGAAGGUUUCUGUGUGUUUUGUGCUCUGCGUGAUCACAUUGAAGUUUCAGUAGCUUCUACAGGCUUGGUUGUCUCCCCUUGGAAACUUGUAAACAAUUUGAGCUAUUUUUCAUCUAGUUUCCAGAGGUUUCGACAGGAAGAUGCUCACGAAUUCCUGCAAUGCCUUUUGGAUAGACUUGACAGUUGUAAUUAUCCAAACAAAAUGGAUGCCACACAGGAUGACAACUUUGUGAAGCAGGUGUUUGGCGGUCGUCUAGUUAGCAAACUUCGAUGUUGCAACUGUGGUCACUGUUCUGACACUUAUGAGCCUUUAGUUGACCUAAGUCUGGAGAUUGAGGAUGUGGGUGCCCUAUCAAGUGCUCUGAAUUCUUUCACAAAGGUGGAAAAAAUUGAAGAUCCUGAGACAAAGUUUAUGUGCGAAAAAUGUAAGGAACAAGUAUCAGUUGAGAAGCAGCUUAUGUUGGAGCAUGUCCCUUCUGUUGCUGCAUUCCAUUUGAAGAGAUUUAAGAAUGAUGGCUCUUUUGUUGAGAAGAUUGAUAAGCAUGUGGAGUUCCCAUUGGAGUUGGACUUGUUACCUUACAGUAGUGGCAGUCAAAAUAAUGACGUAGGGUUGAAGUACGAUUUAUAUGCUGUAGUGGUGCAUAUUGGAUUCUCAUCAAAUUCGGGGCACUAUUUUUGCUUUAUUCGUUCCUCCCCAGAUGUAUGGUACAAAUUUGAUGACUCCAAGGUUGUUCGGGUUCGAGAAGAUUUUGUGCUUGCACAGGAGGCCUAUAUUCUUUUCUAUGCAAAACAGGGCACAACCUGGUUUACAAGUUUUAUGGAAACACAAAAGCCAUCCAUGGAUCUUUGUUUAUCCAACACUUCACCCAAGUCAGUGUUGGAUAACAUGGACCACAUUUGUACAUCAUCUCCUAGUACUCGAAAUAACCAUAGUUCUUAUGUCAAUGAAACCACUGAUACUGGUCACAGGAUCUGUACAGAGUUUUCAAGGGGAUCCGGACAUGAUAAGGUUGAGGCUAGUGAAGCUGAAGAUGAUUCACACAUGAUAUAUGCUCCAAUGCCACUUGGGGAAAGUAAUUCUUUUAAUCAAACUUCAAGGAAUGUUGAGAACAAAAUCUCUCCGUCUGUCCUUGAAGAAAAUAAUUGCAAUAAGGAAUUUGAAGUUAAAAAGAUUGCCAAUAUCUCUCCUUACACGCCACCCAGAUCUCCAAGUCCAGAGAUAUACAAAGAUGAGUCUCCAGAAAGAAGUUUUUCUAUUCCGCGUGAUCAUCAUAAAAUAGUGGAUAAGGUGUCAUGUAAAAGACAACCGAAUAAGGAAAUGGAGGAUUCAGAGAGAAAGCAGGCCUGCAGACUGAUAAAAAGCAUGCCCAGUUCAAGAGGCUCAAAGUUAAUGGCUGCUUUGAAGGGGUCGAAUAGUGUAGGUUCUCAGAACAAAAGGAGGAGUAGAAGAAUAGGAUUGUCUCCGGCUAGGAAUGCUAAUGCUUCAAGUGCUCGUCGUAAGUCUGAUGUUCGCUCUGUCAUACGUCCUUUGGCUGCUGGAAGUUUCCGUUGAACAGGUGAAGUUUUGGUAAAUGACCUGAAAUUUUGGUGAAUGGUCUGUUUAUGUUGUCCGAUGUAGAUGUCAAAGGAUGCUAACAGCUGCGUUUGAACCUUUAAGGUAACAGGAUCUCUUUGUGGAAAUUGCAACUGUCUUUUUUUUUUUUGGCAUUUAGGCCUAGUGUGUCGAGAAAGGUAUACCCAAAUAAUGAUACAUUGGAUAAGAAUAUCUACUAUUUGUAGGCAUACGGCUUGUAAAUAAACAUGA